GGUGGUGGAAAACAGAUUUCAAAGGGUCUGUCUGUCUGUCUGACUUGCUGUCUGUCUGGUCGGUCGCAGUGUUGGAACAGGAAUGCACACACUCCCAUGCAUUCUGCUCUCUCCUGCUUGGACAAGUUGACCCACUGAUGUUUUUCCGAGCAGUUUGACUUCGCCACUUUUUCUUUUUUUUUCUUUUCUUCUUCUUUUCCCCAUUCGGUUGAAACUGUGGGACAUUUUGUUCACACAGCUACGCGGACUCCUCGCUCUUUUAUCGACGGCGUGUCGGGUUUUUUUUUCUUUUUUCUUCUUCUUCUUCUUUUCCCUCCCAGGUUCUAACCGCGUAGUUAUCUGAGAAUGACUUGGACGGUAAACAGAGGUCUGGCCACCCUGGCCAUGCUGUUUCUCUGGAGAGCCGGGGAGAUAGCGGAGGCUUGCAGUUGCUCCCCCGCGCAUCCCCAACAGGCGUUUUGCAACGCGGACGUCGUUAUCAGGGCAAAGGUAGUUGGAGGUCAGGAGGUGGAGGCCGGAAAUGACGUUUAUGGCAAUCCAAUCACACGGAUUAAGUAUGACAUCAAGCAGAUCAAGAUGUUUAAAGGGCCUGACCGGGAUAUUGAUGCUGUCUACACUGCCCCCUCCUCUGCGCUCUGUGGAUUGACUCUACACGCUAAAAGGGAAUAUCUUUUCACAGGCAAGUUGGAGGCUGAUGGGACGAUGCAUGUCACUUUGUGUGAUUUCAUUGAGACUUGGGAGGGCAUGACUGCCACCCAGAAGCAGAACCUAAUCCAGCGCUAUGAAAUGGGUUGUGAUUGCAAGAUCACACGCUGUGCCUCCAUCCCUUGUAUGAUCAGCACCCCAGAGGAGUGUCUGUGGACAGACUGGGUGAUCGAGAUGAGCAUGAGUGGACCGCAGGCCAAACAUUUUGCUUGUAUCAAGAGGAGCGAUGGCUCCUGUGCCUGGUACCGAGGGGCAGCGCCACCCAAAAAGGACUUCCUGGACAUCAAGGACCCUUAACUCCGUAGACCAUCACUAUUAAAUAUUAAUGAGGAUGUCUGCCAAUGAAAUAUACUAAGCUAUGAAUCCCCCCCCCAAAAUACAAAGUAAUCUACUAGACACGUUGUUAUUAUUCUUUUUCAUCAGUCUCAAAGCCAUAGGGUUCGUGUUCUUGGGUGAGGUAGCCAUGUCACACAAAGAAAUGACGUGUUGUGGGAAGUGUCCAUUCAAUGUUAAGAGUAACUACCGUGUAAAUGCAGCAGCCACUGUCCCCCAGGCCUGGACCCCACCCUCCUACACACAAAGCACUUGUUUACUUGUCUUCAUCUGUAAUUAUAUCAUAAAUCACAAUUACUGCUUUGUAUUUGUCCUAAGCUACUCAUUUUGGGUAGCGUUUCAGUAUAAGUUAAAAAAAAAACUCAAAACUAUAGCAGCCAUGCACACAUGAAUUAGUGAAUAACUACUCUGGGCAUCCAUAUAGUUGCUGGCAUCCUGAGCUAGAUUGUGGGGUAGCAAAGAAUGGGUGGCGCCCCGUGUCUGCCUUCACUGCUUCCAGUAUUAUUAGGACGCCUGCUGUGUUGUUUGUUGAUAUCGCAAAUAUGUUUCCUUUUUUUUUCUUCCUUUUCUCACAAAAUGGAUGUCAAAUCUAACUGGGGUGCCAUAUCAAUCACCACCGUUUCGGAUGCUCGUCCGUGUAUGUAACUGCUUUUGUUCUAAUUGUAUGUUUUCUUCUAAAAAAAUAGAUGUAAUAGAUGUAGAAUGCACUUUGAACACCGUUGCCACAGCAGUCAUGUUUUCUAUAAGAAGAAAUGUCUAAAACGAGGGGAUUGAAUCCCCCCGUUUUGUAUUUUUGUAUUAUUACAACUCUUGACACUUACUAUUUGUGCUUUUCUCUUUGUACCGCUUUGGUGUAAGGGCAUGUUUUAUUUAAAGAGGUUGGAUGAUUUAUUAUAUCAUAAUGAAUAAAGUGCCCUACAUCAUUGUGUAAGAUGACAUCGUUAGUGUAUUUUUGAAAGACUUAAUUUUGAAUGGUACCGGACCAAAAUAUUCACGGUUUAGUGAGACCAGUGGUUCUCGAUCAGGUCCUCAGGUACCACCAAUACUGCUGGUUUCCUAUUCUGCCAGGUAGUUAAUUAGUCACUUGUUGUUUUAGCCCUGGGAUAACAGGUGAAUGUAAUGAAUUACCUGGCAAAACAGAAAAACGGGGCGUCGGGUGGCGGUCUAUUCCGUUGCCUACCAACACGGGGAUCCCGGUUCGAAUUCCCGUGUUGCCUCCGGCUUGGUUGGACGUCCCUACAGACACAAUUGGCUGUGUCUGUGGGUGGGAAGCCGGAUGUGGGUAUGUGUCCUGGUCGCUUCACUAGCGCCUCCUCUAGUCGGUCGGGGUGCCUGUUCGGGGACUGUCAGGUGAAAAGAAGCGGCUGGUGACUCCAAAGGUAUUGGAGGAAGCAUGUGGUAGUCUGCAGCCCUCCCCGGAUCAGCAGUGGGACCCCUCCCCCCCAAAAAACAAAAAAAAAAAACCCAGAAGUACUGGUGGUACCUGAGGACCUGAUUGAGAACCACUGGUCGAGAUUAAACGUGGGAUGUCUGACGGCCACACCAGACAGGACUCACUGAAGUAGAGACUUCGGGGCUCGGUGAGCAAUGAUGCCUCCAGUAGCGUGAAAACGACAAAUGUCAAAUGAAUAUAACGACAAAUGUCAAAUGUUUAUGUGAAAGUUGUGUGACUUUCAUGUGAAAGUCAUCUCAAAUGUGUUCAUUAGAAACUGUAGUUGGAGUACAUUGACUAGAUGUCUUGUGCUGGUUUCACAUGAGACUUUUUUUUU